AUGCCAACAAUUUCAUAAAUAAAUUUAAUUUUUACUAUAACUAAUUAAACCUAUACAGGAUUUAAUUAAACAGAUUGGGAGUAAAUAAAAGUGAAUUCUAAAAUGAAAAUUUCAUAAGAAACUGCUUUCUAUCUUGAAAAUAAAAUUUAUAAUAGAACUGUAUUUGUGAAUGCAUUCAACUUUGAAAAGGAAAAUCUAACUUUAAUUGUGUAAUAUGAUAAAAAUAUUUUUAAGUUUCAAAAAUGUGACUUAUGAAAUAGAUAUUAAUUAAAAAAUAGAAGAUUAAGUUGAUAAAAUGAAGAUGAAAAUGAUCUAAGAUUUAUAAAUUUAUUUAGGAAUUUGUAUAUUAUUAGUAAUGUUAACUACUAGUUUAAUUAAAUGUAUAUCAGCACCUUUAUUAAAUUUGAUUUAAGUGAUUAAUAUUCAUGUAAGGAAAAUAGGAAACAAUUUAAAUUCAGAAUUAUUUAAAAUGAGUUUUAAAAGUAAUAAACAUACAGAUGUCUUUUCAUCACUUACAUAUUCAUUCUUAGGCUUAAAAGAUUUAUAGACAAAAAGAUCAGAAAGAAAAAACUAAAUUUGUCAAUAAAUUGAAGAUAUAAAAUACAAUUUUAAAUAUCAAGAAUUAGAUUAUUCUGAAAUUAAAGAAUCAAUCUUACUUCUCCCUAGUUAAGAUGUAGAAGAUUUUGGUUAAAAUAAUCUAUUAUUAAAACCUUUACUUUUAAGAAGCUUUUCAUAGAAAAAAAUGUGGGUUAGUACUGAUGAUCAAACCUAAUAUAGAUUAAUUCUCAUAAAAUAGAUAUUUUAGCAACUCUUUUAAAAUAAUAGCCUACUUAGGAAUAGUUGA